UUGCGCGCGUACUGACAACGAAAUGUUUAUAUUUCAGGAACGACUUACCGGUCAACGUUUGAACAUUAUUAUUGUAGCCGAGGGAGCAGUGGAUAGAAACGGCGAACCGAUCACCGCUGAAAAAGUUCAUAAAGUUGUCGUUGACAAGCUACAGCAAGAUACCAGGAUUACCGUCCUUGGUCAUGUUCAGAGAGGCGGUAAUCCGUCGGCGUUUGACAGAGUUCUGGGUUGUCGAAUGGGUGCAGAAGCCGUAAUGGCUUUAAUGGAGGCAACGCCGGAAACAGAAGCGUGCGUGGUUACAUUGGACGGAAAUCAAGCUGUUCGAUUGCCGCUAAUGGAAUGCGUUCGUCGUACCAAGGCAGUGGCGCAUGCCAUGGCCGAUAAAAAUUGGGAUUUAGCUGUUCAGCUUCGUGGAAAAGGAUUUGCUCGCAACUUGGAAACGUACAAGAUGUUGACUCGUCUGAAAGCGCCUGUAGAUCAUGACCCGAACAAGGAAAGUAAUGGCCCCACAUUGACGAAGCAAUACACUUUGUGUGGACAAGUAAGUUAACAGAACGCAAUCAUAAAUCAUC